AAAAGGAGGUAGAACAGGUCGUUGACAAUAUAAAGAACAGGUGAUGAGGUCUGAUGGUUCCAUGGUGAUGAUCCAUGGUGGUGAGGUCUUUCAUGGUUCCAUGGUGGUGAGGUCUUUCAUGGUUACAAGUGGUGACGUCUUUCAUGGUUCCAAGUUGAUGAGGUCUUUCUUGGUUGGUGAGGUUUUUCAUGGUUCCAUGGUGGUGAGUUCUUCCAUGGAAUUUCAUGGUUCCAUGGUGAUGAUCCAUGGUGGUGAGGUCUUUCAUGGUUCCACGGUGGAGGUCAUUCAUGGUUCCAUGGUGAUGAUCCAUGGUGGUAAGGUCUUUCAUGGUUCCAAGUUGAUGAGGUCUUUCAUGGUUGGUGAGGUUUUUCAUGGUUCCAUGGUGAUGAGGUCUUUCAUGGAAUUUCAUGGUUCCAUGGUGAUGAUCCAUGGUGGUGAGGUCUUUCAUGGUUCCACGGUGGUGAGGUCUUUCAUGGUUCCAUGGUGAUGAGGUCUUUCAUGGUUCCAUGGUGAUGAUCCAUGGUAGUGAGGCCUUUCAUGGUUCCGUGUUGUGGUGAGGUCUUUCAUGGAAUUUCAUGGUUCCAUGGUGGUGAGAUCUUUCAUGGUUCCAUGGUGUGGUGAGGUCUUUCAUGGUUCCAUGGUGAUGAGGUCUUUCAUGGUUCCAUUGUGAUGAGGUCUUUCAUGGUUCCAUGGUGAUGAUCCAUGGUUCCAUGGUGAUGAUCCAUGGUGGUGAGGUCUUUCAUGUUUCCAUGGUGUGGUGAGGUCUUUCAUGGUUCCAUGGUGAUGAUCCAUGGUGGUGGUGAGGUCUUUCAUGGAAUUUCAUGGUUCCAUGGUGGUGAGAUCUUUCAUGGCUCCAUGGUGAUGAUCCAUGGUGGUGAGGUCUUUCAUGGUUCCGUGGUGUGGUGAGGUCUUUCAUGGAAUUUCAUGGUUCCAUGGUGCUUUUUUUUUUUAUCUGAUGAUUGAAUCUUUUCUUUAUUAAUUUUUAGGCCAGAAAUGGCAUGGCUGGACUUGUUUGGAUUGAUUUAGGUGGAAAACGGCUGAAAUGCCCAAUGGUUUCUACGUUUCAGUUCUUUGGAUGUUUUUUAACUUCAAGAUUUUUCAUCCACGCUUAUUUGUUUUGUGGAUGAACUUAGGUUUUCGAUCUUUUCUCAGCCUGUAAUUCAUAGGAGAUUUUGUUUGUGGUCUUUAGAUAUAAGGGGCGAGAUAUGGAAUCGGGUUUGGUUUGUCUCAAUUAAUCUCAACUUAUUCU